GUCAAUCUAAUUAUCCUUAGAAAGGACUGAAGGUUCAGUUAUUUUGAGUGACAUGGCUAUUUAAGGCCCUUCUUUUAAAGACAUUUUAUCUGGAUUUGACUUUGUGAUCUGGUAAGUUUCAUUGUCCACAGAAAAACUAAUUGCAAUAGUCUUAUAAACUGCAUGAAGUCUUCAUCCUGCUGGGUUUUUAUUGAAUGCAAAAUUACCCACAGCUCAAUUUGCUUUUACAGAAAGUAUUUUGUAAUAUGUUUCAAGUUGGAAGUACUGACUCUAGAUGCUGCAGCAGAUCUUUUUCACAAAGCUGUGCUCUCUUUUGGCAUACAUAAAACUGUCUUAAUAUUCUGAAAAAAUUACUCUGCAAAAUGCACGUCUCUAGUGCAGUGUUGUGACAGAAAUAUCUAUCACGACAAUGUAAUGAUGCUUAAUGUUGCAUUGCAGUUUUGUUAAUCUGUGGGGAAAAUCACUCCUGCUUUAUUUUCCUUCCGUAGUGGCAUAUUGAAGCUGUUUAUUAGCACAGAGAAAUUUAGGUUGGAAGGGACCUCUGGUGGUCAUCUGGUCCAGCCUCCUGCUCAAAGCAUUUUCAACUAGAUGAGGUAUAUAUUUAUUUAGGUGCAAGAUGUCUGCCCUGAGGCUGAUUUCUAACAGAACCUCCCAGCAGGCCUUGUCUAACUCUGAUUACACCUGGGAGUAUGAGUACUAUGAGUAUGGACCAGUGUCGUUUGAAGGCCUGAAGGCUCAUAAGUAUUCCAUUGUGAUUGGAUUUUGGGUUGGUCUUGCGGUUUUUGUCAUCUUCAUGUUUUUUGUCUUGACCCUGCUGACGAAGACAGGAGCACCACAUCAAGACAAUGCAGAACCCUCUGAAAAAAGAUUUUGCAUGAAUAGCUUUGUGGCAGAUUUUGGAAGACCUCUAGAGUCAGAGAGGGUCUUUUCUCGUCAAAUAGCUGAAGAAUCCCGGUCACUUUUCCAUUUCUGUAUUAAUGAAGUGGAACAUUUGGACAAAGCAAAACAAAGUCAGAAAGGUCCCAGUCUGGAGAGUCAUAUCCACUUCCAGGAAGUUCCCAGGAGCAGUGGAAUGUUUGAGGAGGACCUAAAUUGUCUUACAAAAUUUAACAUUCCUAACUUCGUGAACACAGAGCAGAACUCUUCACUAGGUGAGGAUGAUCUCCUCAUCUCAGAGCCACCAAUCAUUUUAGAAAGCAAAUCGGUCAUGCAGUCUUCCCAUCGGAUCCUUGACUGAAAAGUCUUUUACUUUAAGCUUCUGAAGGAUACCGUAACAACUUGCAGGGAUGGUGAAGGCCGGAGCGUGGCAUUGGGAGGUUUGUGAAAACGCCUC